AUACGAUCCAUAACAGAAGGCAGGCCGGCCGGCACACGCGCUCCCUCUUCUUCCUCCUGAGGUCACCCCCCUCCUCCAUAGCCCCAGCUAGUGAUUGCCGCCCACCCACCCACGCAGUGCCGACCUUCUUGUUGCCCCCGCCGGGGUCCAGCCCGCUGGCCGGCGGCGCUCCCGCGCCGCCUUGCCUUCGCUGUCGGCCGAACCGCCAAAACCACCAGAUCCUCUGCAACGAGUUCCUCUCCUUCCCACGCCGUCACCGCGGCGGAGGCGACAGCCGCUGACCGCUCAGCCCUCUCCGGCCGGCCACCGCCUGCCUCGUCGUGGCUUCGAAGUGACUCCGGCGAUCGGUCCCUCGCUGGCGCUGCCGCGCACGGCUCGACAAGAGUAGGCGGCGCCCCCUGGUUGCGGGUUGGGGCGUGAAGGAUGAGCGGGAGGAAGAAUGCCGGAAGCACCUCCCCCUGGAUGCUCAUCCUCAUCUCCCUAGUAUGCUUCUUCGCGACCUACAACUUCCUGACGAUGCCCAGCCGGGGUUGGGACGGGCCGCGCAAGUUCCUCGGCGGGGGCGGCGGGGAUCGGGACUCGGCUGUCUCGUACAGGUCGGGCUCUGGUUCGGGCCCCAAUAAGCGGUUCCACGUCGCGCUGACGGCGACGGAUGCGCUUUACAGCCAGUGGCAGUCCCGGAUAAUGCACUAUUGGUACAAGGAGAUGAGGGACCGGCCUGGGUCCGAUAUGGGCGGCUUCACAAGGAUCCUUCACUCGGGGAAGCCUGAUGGAUUGAUGGAUGAGAUACCCACCAUGGUGGUUGACCCGCUUCCUGAAGGCAAGGAUAAGGGAUACAUUGUCUUAAAUAGGCCUUGGGCGUUUGUCCAGUGGCUGCAGAAAGCAAAGAUCGACGAAGACUAUAUACUAAUGGCGGAGCCAGAUCAUAUCUUUGUGAAGCCUUUGCCAAACUUAGCCCAUGGUGAUGAACCAGCGGCUUUUCCAUUUUUCUACAUCAAACCAACCGAGAACGAGAAGAUAUUGAGGAAGUUCUUUCCAGAAGAAAAAGGACCUGUCUCAAAAAUCGAUCCCAUUGGCAACUCUCCGGUUAUAAUCAAGAAGGCUCAACUUGAGAAGAUUGCAACAACCUGGAUGAAUGUUUCACUACAAAUGAAAGAGGAUCAGGAGACAGACAAAGCAUUCGGAUGGGUCUUGGAAAUGUAUGCAUAUGCUGUUGCUAGUGCACUGCACGGUGUGCACCAUAGUCUCCGUAAAGAUUUUAUGAUUCAGCCUCCUUGGGACCUGAAAUCAGACAACACAUUCAUCAUCCAUUACACAUAUGGAUGCGAUUAUUCGAUGAAGGGUGAGCUAACUUAUGGGAAAAUUGGUGAGUGGCGUUUUGACAAAAGAUCUUACCUUCAAUCACCACCACCAAGAAAUCUUUCACUACCCCCUCCAGGAGUUCCUGAAAGUGUGAGCUGUGCCAUUUCUACUGGCAAUCCACACGGCAAUGGACACUUGAGGAAGCUCAAAUGGCAUCGCAAGUUCAAUGCAAAUUCCUGGGAGCAUUUAUGUUGAACAGCAUGGUCACCCUUGUGAAGAUGGUCAACGAGGCCACGGCAAACAUUCCAGGGUGGGAGGACGAAAGAUAACUGAUGGUAUUGCUGAGUCGUAGCUUGUUUCAGCUUCCAGCUAGUAUGGUCUUUGUUGGAAAACAUGGAAGAGUACCACUGGCCAAUUAAAGAAGAGUAUUCAAUCUCAUAGUGUAGGGCUGGCCAAUUUUCUACGGUUUAACAUAGGUUAGUGUUUGGGAAGGAAAAGUUAUAUUCACUUUGAUCUAGCGAGUCACAUCAUUUUUGUAUUGUAAAUCAGAAAUAUAGGCUUUUGGUUACACUUGGUUCAUUUUGCCACGUUAUAAAGCGGAGAUGUAGUUUAGAAUCCUCCAAUGCAUACCAUGAGAGGUCUGUAAAAACUAAAAAGUCAUCUUGGGAAAAAAUCUGCUGGAGUGCUGACAACAUCCCCUAGCGGUUGCACUGAAACCACCAAAAGCUUUUCAGAAAUAAUCCAAUAUAACAUGAUAUGCUGUAGCAUAAGUGUU